UUUGUGUGAAAGCAACAUAUCGUGACAAUGAUUGGACAAAAGUCAUAAGGAUUCUAUGGAGCCAAAUGGCAUCCGAGAGACGAUAUAAUUCUCGUCUAUAAAUGUGGAGAUGUGACUCUCGAUGUCGUACUUAAAAACGAGUUCGGCCGCAUGGAAUUUUGUAAUAGUCAGCUUUAUCCAGCCAAAGAAUUGUUUUAGGAAUUUAUGGAGACUCGAAAUUUCGAAGUUUUAUUCUACCAAAGAAGAACAAUAAUACAUAAGUAGCAACAAUAUAUAAUAAAUAUUAUCAAUAAUUUAUAAGACGAGCGAUCUCUUUCCAUUGAGAAUACAUAUUCAGGCGUAUCGAAACUCUGAAAAAGUCAAAUAUCUCGAUAGGACAUAUAUCAAGCAAAAUUGUUAAGCGAUUCCCAAAUGAAAUUUUGCAAAUCCGCUUCAUCGAGCCCGAAAAUGGAACUACUUUCGAGACGUUCCUCGGGCAGCAGAAUAUCGACCUUGAAAAGGUCGAGAUCCUUUCGAGCAUCUAUGAAACUGAUGUCAAAGAUACGCAAUCAUGCGAAUCUGCGAUUGACCACUGGCUUCGAUCUCUCAUCUGUCUCAAAAAAUUUCGUUAAGAAGGAAUGCAACUUAUCUGUUCUUGAAGAAUUUCAAGAUGAUGAGAAACUCUCGAGUUUACGAAAAGAUUCUGAAGAUAUAAAUUCUUGUAUUAAGAACAAAAUCGAUAAUGAGGCAUCUUCGAGUCCUCGGAAGAUCUCGGUAUCAAAUCUCGAUGUCGAUUCGCGAGAAAUUACAAAGGAUCUAAAGAGUAAGCUAUCUCUAACUGACAGACCAAUGAGUACGGGGCGCAAGAACGUAGAGAAACCUUGGAUAAAGAACGAAGAUGUAAAAUUACCGAAGCUUAUUCACAUUUUUCGCAGGAGACAUAGCAUAGGGAGCUCGCAAGAAGUUACUCGAGAGAAAGACUGUGGUGACAAACAUGAGUCCUGCGAAACAGACACAAAUGUGCUCAAUAAACAUGUAUUUUAUGAGAAUCCUACAUUCGUGCUGAAUAGUUCUUUGGAUUCCUCCGUCUCGGACUUCUUCUAUGAAGUCGAAGAAGGAAACGAGAUGGAACAAAGGCAAAAACAAGAUAGUAAAAAUGAGCGCGCUACAUUACCCAAACGCAAUAUUUUGACCGUCGUUGUGGAUUCCCACAAGACCGCAAUUAAUCGGCCCUUGUGUAAAACGAAUAAUGAGCAAGACAAGAAUGAGGACGAAGAAUAUUUCGAAAAACCAUCGCAAAAUAUAUUUUGUUAUAGAUGCGAGACCGAGCCUUUGAGAAGUACUUGGAAUGUGAGGAACGACAACUCGCAUGCGAUAAAUGGAAAUCGAAGGACAACCGAAUUCUUGAGUGAGUUUGAUCGCCUAAGGAUUAAAUUUUAUUGCAAGAUACACGAGACGGAAAGAAAAAACGCAACAAUCUGCCUACAGAAUCAGAAAAUUUACGACGACGCUAAGAUAUAUCCUUCAAAGUCCUGUAAAGUCAACACGGUAGACAAUAUCACAAACUUUUGGACAAACAGACGUGGUAAUAGUUUUCGAAAUAAAAUGGCGAUCGGUAGGAAAAAAGACAUGAAAGAUAUGAAGAAUUACGAGCAAAGCAGUCAGGAACGAGUUUUCAUGUCGACAUCAUCAGGAUCAAAGUUCCACUCGUUGCAAGGGAUGGAGUUCCUAGAAGGUUUUGGCAAGAAGAAACAACAGCCCCACCAACUAAAUAAUCAAUCGUCAAUACAUAUCAAUCCUCUCUCGGCCCAAUCCCUCAACAUACACCUGCAUGCUCUAUUUGCGGCUGUGGAACAUGGUCACUUGGAUAAAGCGAGGACUAUUUUGGAGUCUACUGAUGUGAACAUAAAUAGCAUUAACAGUGACGGCUUGUCUCCAUUGGAUGUUGCUGUCCUUAGCAACAACAGACCGUUGGCAAAAAUGUUGGUUGCAUUCGGUGCGCAGGAAGGGAAUCAAUUCAAGUCUCCGGAAUCUCUGGGUAACCACUUGACGACAUUGCUCUCGGAAGCAGAGCAUAGAGUUCAAGAGCUCGGUGGCAGUACUUUCGGCAGCGGCGGAACAAAUCUAUUGGAAACACCUUGCCAUAGAGCUAGUUUUACCACGCAACACAACAACCUUACUGGAUGCGGUGGCAGCACAGAGAAUAAGCAACUUGCCUUGUGGGAAAGAAGAUCUAGAGCCCUCAGAAAAAUGUUGCUAGGUUUCGACCAAGCGCGCCCACCCGAUAUACUUUUUUUAAUCACGAUCGAUGUCACUGGGACGACAUCAGUAACAGUCAGGUUUCAAGAACCAGACUCGCACGACUCUUCGAUCUGUACUAAAUUUAAAGUUCAAUGGAGCCUGCACGAUGACUUUUCGGUUAUUUGCGGCGAGAGGGAAGUCUUGAACAUGAAGCAGAAGGAGUAUCGGAUCGAAGAUCUAACUCAAGGUCAAAAAUAUCAUUUUCGUGCGGCCGCAGGAAAUUUGAAGAGCUAUAGCAGGUUCAGGAACUCGACGCCAUCAUACGUUACACCUAGCAGUUGGAGAGACAUAGAUGGUAGGAUGCCCAGAUUUGCAGGACGGCUGGAACAGCUUAACAGUCUGUUCACUGACAUAAGGCGCCCAGAAUAUACGCAAGAAACGCCAGCGGUGCAGAGGCGAAAUUACAAGAAGAAAACAACGAUAAAGCAACUCUUCACUGCAACGAGUAAAUUCCAGAAAAAUCUCAGACGAGGAGUGUUUCUAGCGUGUCUGCUCUACCACGAGGACAAGGUUCUUGUUACCAACGAGGACUUCUUACCCGUAAUCGAGAUCGACGAGACGUAUCCCAGUUGUAUUUACAAUGAUUUUCAUUGGCUCAUGAAAGUUGCCUGUACAUGGGAUGAUGUAAAAUUCCUUCGACAGGAUAUGGAAAAGAGUCACAGCAGCUCAACUAAUCAUUUUAGGUUAAAGUUGCUUCAAGCUGCUGCUCAAAUGCAGGCUGCAUUGUGCAUACAAGACCUUGGACAAUUAUAUCAUAAGCCCAUUAGAGACAUUCAAGGCACCUUAGUGUUUUCGACAGUAAAUUAUAUAAAGUCACCAAAAUUGAUUUCUGUAUUAAACAGCAGAUGGUUACCGCUCAGUAAAGUUAUAAAGAAGGUCAUAACGCACGAAGACAGUAACGUCGCUGACAUCUUGAUGACCAGCAUACAAGAGCAAAUGACAUAUCACCAAGUCAGCAGUAUUAAACUAUCUAAGGGAUUAUAUCUCGGUUAUCUGAAAAUGCAAAGCAGUGUUGAUCUCAUACAAGUUGUUGUCCCAACGAAAUCUCCGAACGUAUUGCCACAUUGCAAGAUUCGCGACAAUUCGCACGUAUCCGCAGAGGAGUGGGAUUAUCUGAAGAGAGUAACACACAUUUGCAUGUCUGAGACAUCUUCCGUAGAGGAAUCUGAAGAAAAGGAGAAUGUGACAAACGAGGCGCAAGGUACAGACCAACAAAAACUGUUUGUUGAUCUGGUUGCCGCAACAGCGCGACGUCUAUUCAAUUACAUGGAGAUCAGUCCAGAGGAUUCGCUGGUGCAUCGAUUAUAUGACGCUGAGGUGAUAGAUCUAACUCACGAUGUCUCAUUCCUUAUCGCCGUACCACCUGCUGAAACAGCCUGCUGCGUACCUGGCACGCGAGAAAUCCUGCUACAGCGCAGUGAUCUCUUGUCGUUGCCCAUUCAGGUCUUCGAAAUGGUCCACUUGAAUACAUAUCAGAAGGAUGUAAUCAAUCGUUACUCGAGACUCAGUUGUAUCUUGGAAUUGGACACCGCACAGGCUCAGCAUAAUCAUAGAGAGGCCUUCAGUUCCUUGGAGUUAAGCGUUGCGAAGGACAAACUAGCGAAACUACAAGAUCUUCAAACACAAGUGAACACCGUAUGGAAAGGUGCCAGAUGGCUAAUUGAUGUUAUAACUUUCGCGAGAGAUCGCGGCUCCUCCCAACAAAACAUCGCGACGCAAACUGUGGGCAUAUCUAUGAAGCAUCUACUCAGUUUGGAUAGAAAUAAGAACAACAGUAAUAGCUUGAAACGAAGUUUAUUACAAUUACCACCUAGAGAUCCUAAACUUGUAAAAUCGAGUCCUGGCCGUGGCAGCUGGCCAGGUCCCAAUCUGUCGAAAUCAUCUUCUAACCUUCUUAUGACAGAAUUCAGCAAAAGUGAACAACAGCUGCCCAGUGGACAGUAUGUACUCAAAGGUAGCAACACCUCAAACACGUCGACAACUUUGGAGCCGCAAAAAUCGUUGUGCACAUCAAUAAAUAGCAGUAGCAAUCUAUCAACCACCAGCAGCACGAAUCAUCUGGUACCGCUGCAGAACAUGAGAUUACCGCCUUCCAAGUCCGAAGACACAUUGAUCUUCGCCAAGUACAAACACAGCCCACGAAAUCGUUCUGCUACGAUAACAUCGGCAUCAGCUAACACCAGUCCGUUACUGAGUAUUAAACCUAUCAUUUAUAGUGGUUCGUUAUUAAGUGUCUCCACGGCGAUGACGAAUACUACAAGUCUGCUUAGUGUGAGCAACACGAAUUCCGACAGUCUGCACUCAUUGAGUAGCGACGAGUAUCCCGCGUCAAAUUCGGGCGUCUGUUUAAAAUCUGGCCACUCAGUCAAAGUCAAACCGUCCAAACCGACCGCGAGCGUCGCGGCGAUGGCCGCCACUCCGUCGGAUCUAGACGAAGAGAAGGAAGAGGCAACGAUGAUGCCAGCACCAUUACCAGGAAUUCUUCAGGUUUAUGCGGCCUACGAGACUGGUUUAGCAGCUGGUACCAGUUUGAAGCUGCACGUAACACCAAGGACUACGGCGCGGGAAGUCGUGGAUCUUGUUGUAAAGCAAUUGAAUAUGGCAGUAGUCCUAAAAGGACAAAAGGGACCUACUUACACGGCCGAUGAGUUACCAAACUUUUGUCUAGUUGCCGUAAUCGGUGCGCGAGAGCGUUGUUUAAGAGAUGAUUUUAAGCCGCUUCAGUUGCAAAAUCCCUGGAAAAAAGGACGAUUGUAUGUUAGACAAAAGCAGGAUGUUCUUGCCGCACUUGAGCACAGUAGUAAACACACCGCAUAUUUAUAGCAAAAGUAAAGCGGUAUUUCCAAAUGAAUAAUGAUCUUACUUAUUGAAUAACAUAAAUUAGAUUUCAGUACGCCCUACACGUACAAACGCAAUGUUCCCAAAUAAUGAUAUUUCGCAUAAAGCGUCCUAGUCGUGCAUCUUCAACGGCACAAUAAACGAAAUAUUUUA